AUGCCACUACCCAGCACCAAGGUGGAAGACGUCCCGCCAACUGCGGUAGAGUCUGAUUACUUUAAAACCAAUCCACCACCACGAGAUCUCCAAGCUCACCGCGCCCAAGCCGAAGAAUUCGUAAAGCUUCAUUUAGCAGCAAACAGACGUGUGGUCCUGGUCACAUCCGGUGGAACCACCGUACCCCUGGAGACACAAACGGUGCGCUUCAUCGAUAAUUUUUCUGCAGGGACACGAGGAGCCACUUCCGCCGAAUAUUUCCUCCAAGAGGAUUACGCAGUGAUAUUCCUGCACCGCCAAUUUAGCCUUCUCCCAUACUCGCGACAUUACAGCCACUCAACAAACUGUUUCUUAGAUUUUAUGGACGAGGCGGAGGCCCCGCCGUCGUCAUCUCCAGAACAUGAUGUAAGCAAUCCAGAUCAUGGUGCCAUCGUCGUCCGCCCGGAAUACCAGGAUGAAAUGCGUAAAGUGCUCCGCCAGUACCGCUACGCGAAGCAGAAUCACCUCCUCCUGCUCAUCCCCUACGUAACGGUGACGGAAUAUCUGUACGAACUCCGCUCGAUAGCCAUCGCCAUGCGUCCUCUGGGCUCUAAUGCUCUUUUCUACCUCGCCGCGGCAGUCUCUGACUUCUUCAUCCCGCGCGAUCGCAUGGUUGAGCACAAGAUCCAAUCGUCGAAUGAGACGACACCGCCGCCACACGUGACGCACAGGCACGACAUCAUCCCGGCCGACGACAUAUACACAGGCUUCAACGACCCACAGCCCCCGACACACGGGAAGAAACUGAUAGUCGACCUGGAUCCUGUUCCGAAAUUCCUCCUCAGCCUCGUGGACGGCUGGGCGCCGCAGGGAAGCAUGAUUGUCAGCUUUAAGCUGGAAACGGAUCCAUCGCUGCUGAUUUCCAAGGCGGAGACAGCGCUGCAACGCUACUCGCACGACCUUGUCAUUGGCAAUCUGCUUUCGACGCGCAAGUGGGAGGUUGUGUUUGUCAGUCGGAAGCCGAAUGGGCAGAUCUCUGAGCACUGGAUACGGAUUCCGAAGGCGGCGACAUCACAUGCACCCACGGCGAAGCUGCUGAGCUCAAAUACGCGGCCCGUUGCGGGUGCGCUUGGGGAGAAAAAGGAGGGUGGUGGGGCGGUGGCAGCGCAGGCUCAUCCGGAUCAGAUGGUGGAGAUUGAAAGUUUGAUCAUUCCGGAGCUGAAGAAGAAGCAUUCAGAUAUGAUCGAGGCGGCACGUGCGGGGAAGAAGCGGAUGGAUGUGGUCUAG